CUUUAAUACCUUGUAAAUUAUUUUUUUUGUCAAUGUAAAUUGAAGCACCAGUUGUUUAUUAAUUCGAAUGCUUUCGUAAAGGAAAGAAUGGAAAUAAGAAAUAUAUUGGAAUUUUGAAGUAGGAUCGAUUGGAUUUAUGCAAGGUAUAAUAUUCGUAUUAUUUUGAUAUUUUAGGAUAAUCAACCAAAUUUCAAAUAUUCUUUACCAAUUUAAUUAUAAACACAUAUUAAAUGGGAAGUUGAAGAAGAUAAUGUAGAAGGAAAGAAACAUUAUAAGAUUGUCUCGUUCAAAUUUUAAUAAGUUCUUUUAUACAUUCUAAUUAUACUUAGGUUAAACAAAUAAAUGAAAAUUUUGUAGCCAAAAUAACAACAUUUUGUGGAGAUGAAAAAAUACUUACAAUUUUGAAGGAACAUUUAAGAAAUAAGAUAAUAUUUUAAAAAAUUUAAGAUUUUUAUACUCCACUUUAAACAUUAGGAAAAGGUGCAUCUUCAAGAGUUUUAUUAGUGAGACACAAAAAUAAAGAAACUUAUUUUGCAGCAAAAUGUGUAGAUAAAUCAUAUGUUAAUGAAACAGAAAAUGGAAUGGUAUUAGUUUAAAAAUAAAAUAGGAAUCUAUGUUUUAAGAGAUAAAAAUUAAUAAUGACUUAGAUCAUCCAUCUUUUAUUAAAUUACAUGCUGUUUAUGAAGGUGAUAAUACAUUCUAUAUGAUUAUGGAUUUAUUAGAAGGUAAAAGUUUACAUGAUGAAUUAAAUAAUCAUAAAAAUGGAUUUCCUGAAGAUACAGUAAGAAAUAUUAUGUGGGUAAAUUCAAUUUAUUAUAAUAUUAUAGCAAAUUCUAACAGGAAUAGAAUAUAUGCAUGAUAAAUAAAUUAUGCAUAGAGAUUUAAAACCAGAAAAUAUUAUGCUUAUGAGAAAAGAUGAUUUAAACUCUCUUAAAAUUGUUGAUUUUGGUUUGGCUACAUAUUGUGAUGUGAAUAAGUAUUUCAUUAUUUUAUUUAUUAGAUAUUUAUUUCCUAAAUGUGGUACACCUGGUUAUGUUGCUCCAGAAAUUGCUAAUUUAAUUGAUAAGACCUAAAAAUAUGAUAAAGUUUGUGAUAUUUUUAGUGCUGGUGUUAUAUUUUUUAAAUUGUAAUUUCUAUUAUCAAUUUUAGAUUAACAGGAAAAGAUCUUUUUCCUGGAGUUGGAUUUAAUUUAGUAUUAAAAUUAAAUAAACAAUGUAAAAUUGAUUUAACUCCAUUAUAAAUGAAAAAAGUAGAUCCAUAAAUUACUGUAAUUUUAUAUUAAAUUUAAGACUUUAAUAUAAAAAAUGUUAGAAAAAGAUCCUACUCAAAGAAUCACUGCUAAUCAAUCUUUAUAAGAUCCAUUCUUUUUACCUUGUUAUUAAGAAAGUGGUAUCUAAGGACCAGCUAAAUUAACAACAUUUUAGAAAAAGUAAAUGUUUUCAACUUGUGGAAAGGCUUUCACUACUGAAUUUUAAAAUGAAAAUUAAAAAGGAAGUCCUUAAGAUAGAUUAGAAAAAAAGGGUUCUUUUGUUACAUAAGAUAAUACCUAUAGACCAAUUUAAUAAAACUAAUAGAAAAUUAUCUAAAAAUUUAAUACUACUGAAUUUGAUCAUAUUAAUCCUACUUAAAGUCCAUCUAUGGAUUAAGUCAAAAAAAAAUUUUAAAAAGGGGAUCCAAUAGAAGAGGAAGAUGAAAAAUGAAGAUAUUAUUUAUUUUCAUUAUUAAUAUGCUG